AUGGCUCAUUUUAUUCCGUGCAGCAAGACUGACAAUGCUGCUCAUAUUGCCUCGAUCUUCUUUAGUGAGAUAGUGAGGAUACAUGGUGUUCCUUUGAGUAUAGUAUCUGACAGAGAUGUUAAGUUUGUGAGUUAUUUCUGGAGGACUCUAUGGAAAUUACUCGGUACUAGUCUUAAGUUCUCUACAGCCUAUCAUCCCCAGACCAAUGGACAGACUGAGAUCGUUAAUAGGAGUCUAGGUGAUUUAAUUAGGUGUCUUGUAGGUGAACAUGCGUCUUCAUGGGAUAGGGUUUUACCUACGGCCGAGUUUGCGUAUAAUAACUCUGUUAAUAGGUCUACAGGAGUUGGUCCUUUUCAGGCUUACAUUGGUCGUCAGCCGAGGAAACCUAUAGAUUUGGUAAUAAACCAUGGUGUAUCAGAGAGUUUGAUGAAAAAUGUUAUGGAGGGUUGCUAUGAAUUUUUCAAUUUAACAGAUGAAGAAAAGGAAGCGUAUGAAGGGAGUGAUGUGCUGGAUCCAAUAAGGUGCGGAACUAGUUUUAACACGGCCAAGGAGACGAUCUUCUUUUGGAGGGACUUUCUAAAGGUUCUUGUGCAUCCAGAUUUUCAUUUUCCUGACAAACCAAAAGGGUUCAGUGAGCUUGCACUGGAGUAUGUUGAAAGAAUCCAAGAAAUUGCAGGGGAAUUGCUAAGAGGAAUUUCAGUAAGCCUAGGAAUGGAAGCGUCCUACAUACACGACGUUUUAAAUUUGGAAUCCGGCUUACAAGUGUUUGUUGCAAAUCUCUACCCGCCUUGCCCCCAGCCUGAACUUGCACUAGGAAUGCCGCCUCAUUCUGAUCACGGCCUCCUGAACAUUCUCAUAGAGAACGGUGUAGGGGGGUUGCAGCUGCUGCAUAAUGAAAAAUGGGUCAAUGUCAGAGCCCCUCCCAAUUCAUUUUUGGUCAAUACUUGUGAUCACCUCGAGAUACUGAGCAAUGGGAGGUACAAGAGUGUAGUGCAUCGAGCAGUUGUGAACAAUGCGACUACAAGACUAUCGCUAGCCAUAGCUAAUGGUCCGUCUCUCGAUACCAUUGUCAGGCCAGCACCUGGUCUAACCGAUGGUGCAAACAACCCACCAGCCUACACUCCAAUGAAAUACAAGGAGUAUCUGCAGCUGCAGCAAGGAAACAAGCUUGAUCAGAAGUCUGUCUUGGAUCGGAUCAGGCUACAAAAGGAGUGAAUGCUAGAGAAAAUAAAAUGUUACUGUAAAAAUAAAGGCACUUAUCACUGAGCCUGAUGUUUCUUUGCUAUGUUUCUCCAUAAUUUGGAUUACUGUGAAGUGUGUAGGCACUAGCGGCUCAGCUGGCACUUCUAAAUAUGCUGUAAUAAUUUUUAUAAUAAUUUUUCAAUUUUUUUUAAAUAA